AUGAAGAACUUAUCCUUGCGCACGCCUUUGCGUGCAGUUUGGGAGGUAGCUGGCUAUCAGACAGAGACUUUGUUGUGGCCAGCAAGCAGCAAAGCCAAAACCAUCUUGUUGUUCAUACCGGGAAACCCAGGUCUUGUUGAAUAUUACACUAGUUUCCUUCAAGGCGUUCACUCCAAGAUUGACUCUUCGUCAUUCGAGAUCAUAGGAGUAUCGCACAAGGGUCAUUCAAUCAACUAUCACGAAAAGAACAGUGACAAUAAGACACUGUACUCUCUUGAAGAUCAAAUCCAGCAUAAAAUAGACUGCUUAGAUACGCUUAGAAAGCUUAAUGGACCUGACACCAAAUUCAUAUUAAUGGGCCACUCCAUCGGCUCCUACAUUGCUGCUGCAGUGUUGAAGAAGAGACAAAAUCAUGGCAUUGCCAGAGUGAUUGCACUAUUUCCUACCUUGAGAGAGAUUGCCAUCACACCAAAUGGCGUGAACAUCACGCGUUUGGUGAAUGCAGUACCAGCAUCUGCAUUUGGGAUUGCAGGGUCGCUUCUUUCCUAUUUAGCACCUCCAGUCCGCCAAUUCCUUGUCAAGACAGCUACAGGCCAAGAUGGAGAGGGAUUGCAAGUAACAUCUCAUCAAUUACUGCACAGCCACGUUUUAAAGAACGUUGUAACCAUGGCACGCUUUGAAAUGGAAACUGUCAAGGAGCUGGAUCAUGAGUUCUAUACCCAGCAUCUGGACAAGUUCAUCAUGUACUAUUCUGCCAAUGACAGGUGGGCCCCCAAGGAUCAUUAUGACUACAUGACAAAGCGCUUUCCACAAGGCAAAAUCCAUCUCUGUUCUGAAAACAUUCCCCAUGCUUUUUGUUUGGAGACAAAGCAUGUUGACUACAUGAUUGAAAAAGUGGGAUCUUGGAUACACAGUGAUAUUUAUGGUAUCAACUGA